AUGUUUGAAGACCAUCAAAUCAGUGAGGUAUUACAUACCGACAUCAGAACUCCCAUCCCCCCGGCACUCGUAGCCAAGAUCACAUCUCUACCGCCAUUCAUCCCCAUACAAGGUGUCUCCAACUUUCGCGACCUGAGCCACGAUGGCAACAAGUUACGCAAAGGAUUCGUGUAUCGGUCGGGAAGCUUGUCGGCCAUCUGGGGAGCCGGGAAAUCCAUCAUCGCAACCGAAUUAGGAGUCACCACGAUCUUCGACCUCCGGAAUGAAAACGAGCGACAAAAAGCCCCUUCACCUUCUAUCGCCGGAGUCGAAACGAUAUGGUGUCCAUACGGAGCCCGACCGGCCACUUUGAAUCUGCGAGAUUUUGCGGGCGAAGACAAUGGCGGGACGGGAUUUGUGAAGAUGUACAACGGGAUCCUGGAAGCGGCGGCACCAUGUUUCACCAAGAUAUUCAAGCAUAUCGCAGAUAACCCCAAUGACCCGUUCAUCGUCCAUUGUUCAGCUGGUAAAGAUCGCACAGGUGUCUUGGCCGCACUCAUCCUCCUCCUGAUCAAUCGACCCCAUGACGAUAUUAUCAACGAUUACAUCCUCAGUCGCGUCGGAUUGGAACCCGCCCGGGAGAACCUCAUGGAGGCAUUCGCAGUAAAUUUGGGAGCUGAUGGACUUGAUAUCAGCCAGUUGAGCCCUGAGGCACUGGGUAUGCUUGAACUAUGUGGUGUUCGAGCCUCGUCCAUGGAGGCUUUCCUAAUAUCAUUUGAGAAUACCUAUAAAAAUGGCGUUGAGGGAUAUCUCAUUGAUAAACUUGGGUUCUCGCAGAGUGAUUUAUCGACAAUGCGCCGGAACUUGACCUAG